GUGAGAGGAGCUGGUGCUGUCCACUGCGCUAUCGGUGCUGAACCCGGGACGUGAGCAGACCCGUUGCCCUCGAGGCAACGCCCUCUGUGCCCUGCGGAUCCGCUUCAACUAAAUCAACUUGACAAAGGAGUGUGGUAGCGGACGUGGGAGAGAGUCGUCUGUUUGCCACCUGGGCGCCCAUUCAGGCGUGACUUUGGAGAUUUCUAUAGUUUCAGACCAAACUAUUUUCAUCUUUUCCCAGCUAAGAGGAUCUUUUUAGUUUUUUUUAAUCAUUAUCCUACUGUGAUAUAUAUUUCCAUACCAUUUAGGGAUCUUUCUGGGAGACUUUUUGACUGUUAAAAUAAGGUGAAAAGCAAAAAGGAUGUUUAAGUGCUGGUCAGCUGUUUUGGUUCUUGGAUUCAUUUUUUUGGAGUCAGAAGGAAGGCCAACCAAAGAAGCAGGAUAUGGCCUUAAAUCUUAUCAACCUCUAAUAAGAUUGCGACACAAGCAGGAAAAAAGUCAAGAAAGCUCAAGAAUCAAAGGAUUCCAUAUUCAGAAUGGCCCUUUGGGGUCUUGUGAAAAUAAGUACUGUGGUUUGGGAAGGCACUGUGUUAUCAGCAGAGAGACGGGACAACCAGAAUGUGCCUGCAUGAACCUCUGCAAACGGCACUACAAACCGGUGUGCGGAUCUGAUGGAGAAUUCUAUGAAAACCACUGUGAAGUGCACAGAGCUGCUUGCCUGAAGAGACAAAAGAUUACCAUCGUCCACACUGAAGACUGCUUCUUCACAGGAGAGAACUGCAAGGCCACUGAAUACAGCAAGAUGAAAAUCAUGCUCUUAGAUUUGCAAAAUCAAAAAGAUAUUACGCAAGAAAAUGAAAACCCUAAUGAUGAUGACACAUCUCGGAAGAAGUUGUUGGUGGAUCAAAUGUUUAACUAUUUUGAUGCCGACAGUAACGGGCUUAUAGAUAUUAAUGAACUAACUCAGGUGAUAAAACAGGAAGAACUUGGCAAGGAUCUUUCAGGUUGUACUCUAUAUGAUCUACUGAAAUACGAUGAUUUUAACUCUGACAAGCACCUGGCUCUUGAAGAAUUUUACAGAGCAUUCCAGGUGAUCCAGCUGAGCCUGCCUGAAGAUCAGAAACUGAGCAUCACUGCGGCAACCGUGGGACAGAGCGCUGUUCUGAGCUGUGCCAUUCAGGGAGCGCUGCGACCGCCCAUCGUCUGGAAGAGGAACAAUAUUAUUCUAAAUAACUUAGAUUUGGAAGACAUCAAUGACUUUGGAGAUGAUGGGUCCUUGUAUAUUACAAAAGUUACUACAACUCACAUGGGCAAUUACACAUGCUAUGCAGAUGGCUAUGAACAUAUCUAUCAAACGCACAUCUUUCAAGUGAAUGUUCCUCCAGUAAUCCGGGUGCAUCCGGAGAGUCAGGCCCGAGAGCCUGGGGUGACGGCCAGUCUGCGGUGCCAUGCUGAGGGCAUCCCGAGCCCUCGGCUGGGCUGGCUGAAGAAUGGAAUGGACAUCACACCAAAGCUGUCCAAGCAGCUCACUCUUCAAGCCAAUGGCAGUGAGGUUCACAUAAGCAACGUGCGCUAUGAAGAUACAGGAGCGUACACUUGUAUUGCGAAGAAUGAAGCAGGAGUGGAUGAAGACAUCUCUUCUCUUUUCGUGGAAGAUUCUGCUAGAAAGACCCUAGCUAAUAUAUUAUGGAGAGAAGAAGGUCUGGGAAUUGGAAACAUGUUCUAUGUUUUUUAUGAAGAUGGAAUCAAAGUGAUACAACCCAUAGAGUGUGAAUUUCAGAGGCACAUUAAGCCCAGUGAAAAGCUCCUUGGAUUUCAGGAUGAAGUCUGUCCCAAAGCUGAAGGAGAUGAUGUUCAGACAUGUGUGUGGGCCUCAGCUGUUAAUGUCAAAGACAAAUUCAUUUAUGCAGCACAGCCAACUUUGGACAGAGUCCUGAUUGUUGAUGUGCAGUCCCAAAAAGUUGUUCAGGCAGUAAGCACAGACCCCGUCCCAGUUAAGUUACACUAUGACAAGUCACAUGAUCAGGUCUGGGUGCUAAGCUGGGGCACCAUGGAAAAGGCUUCUCCGACCUUACAGGUAAUCACCCUGGCCAGUGGGAAUGUGCCGCACCACACGAUCCACACCCAGCCAGUGGGAAAGCAGUUUGACCGAGUGGAUGACUUUUUCAUUCCCACUACAACGCUCCUCAUCACCCACAUGAGGUUUGGAUUUAUUCUUCAUAAAGAUGAAGCUGCAUUACAGAAAAUUGAUCUUGAGACCAUGUCAUACAUCAAGACAAUUAAUUUGCAAGACUAUAAGUGCGUUCCUCAGUCGCUGGCGUACACACACUUGGGAGGGUAUUACUUCAUUGGCUGCAAGCCCGACAGCACUGGCGCGAUUCCGCCCCAGCUCGUGGUGGACGGUGUAACUGACUCAGUCAUUGGAUUCAAUAGCGAUGUGACAGGCUCUCCAUACAUCUCUCCUGACGGGCACUAUCUUGUCAGCAUUAAUGAUGUGAAAGGUCUUGUAAGGGUCCAGUACAUUACCAUCAGAGGAGAAAUACAGGAGGCUUUUAAUAUUCACACAAAUCUGCACAUAUCUGAUCUGGCGUUUCAGCCGUCCUUUACAGAAGCCCACCAAUACAACAUCUACGGGAGCUCAGGCACGCAGACGGAUGUGCUCUUCGCGGAGCUCUCCUCUGGGAAGGUGAAGAUGAUAAAGAGCCUCAAGGAACCACUCAAGGCAGAAGAAUGGCCUUGGAACCGGAAGAACAGGCAAAUCCAGGACAGUGGCUUGUUUGGGCAAUACCUGAUGACACCUUCCAAGGACUCUCUCUUUAUACUGGAUGGACGACUCAAUAAGUUAAACUGUGAGAUCACUGAAGUUGAGAAAGGAAAUACAGUUAUUUGGGUUGGAAAUGCCUAGGAGCACUACUAGAUAAUUAUUGAAUAAAGAGUUUUCCAGUACAUUGCACUUCAUUCAUUGUUUAAAUUUGCAGCUUAAUUUUUCAAGUUUUUAUUCUAGUCAAACAUGUUACUUGGUUGGCCCAAAUAAAAUAGAUUUUUUUUUUUUUUUUUGGCAAAGAAAUGCACAAUUAGUAAUAUGGGUUCACUAGAAAUUUUAACACAAUAUUUAAUGAGAAACUAUAUUCAUCACAAGGAUCAAAUCUAUAAUUAUGUUUUAAGCCAACAAAAUAAGAAUUUAAAUACUUAAAAAUAACUUCAGGGAAUUUCAGAUGACUUUCAGCACCAUUUUAUUUUAAGGGUGGUUUAUCCAUUUUUUUUUUCUUUCCUUUUUUAGUAUACUUAAACCAGAAAUAAAGGUAUUGUGAAAACUUCAAACUCUUAAUUAAAAAUAUUUUGUCCCAUUCACUGUUUAUAAUCUUUUGUGCCUUGAAGGGAAUGUCACAGGAGGAAAAGGAAGGCUAAAAGCUGCAUACUGAACACUGUUAUAACUAAAUCUCUCGGCAUUAAAAGAGAAAUGUUUAACAUCUUCUGCACUAAAUCUGCCUUUAGUCAUUUGUUAAAUGAAAUAUCAUUUGAAGGCAUGAGUUGACCUUAGGUUGUAUACAGGUGACAAACUCUAAUUGACACUUACUGUAUAAUCUGCAGUAUGCUAUGGAAAAUGGGGAGGAAAGGAGGAAAAAUAAGUAUGGUAAAAUGUUUGCAAUGUAUUCUCUACUCAUUUUGCUUUCAGUCACUAGAGCACAUUAAGUUUUUAAUUCAAGUUUGUCUGGGAUGUCAACUGCUUACAAAUGUUUAUUAUUAGCAGAAUAGAUUUUUUUUUCCCCCCACGUAGUUCAGUGUUGCAUCAGCAAGAACUCUCAUUUCUAAAAGAAAAAGAAACAUUAUUUGUGUCUGCUUAGAGUAAACCACAUAUAGGGAAAAUAACACCAGGGAGAAAAAACUGGCUAGAAAACUGAUGGGUAUUAGUGUUUUAGGAAAAUUAGUUUAGAAAUUGGAAUUAGGGGAUAGCUCCACAGUGGUGAAUAAAGAUGUACUUCACCAUUGUCUUUGCUAUAUAAUUAUAACCCAUCAAAAACUUCAUUCUUUAAUAACUUUUCUUAAUGACCUCUAUUCAACUCUUGCAAAAUCCUUAAAUAACCCACUCACUGUGUGCUAUAGCUCAAAACCUAACUAAUCCUCUUAUUUGAGACAUCGCAUAGAGUAAAAAAUUACUUUUUCUUUUUAAGGGCAAAGAUAAGGCCAGUAGAAGGGCAUUAAAACUAGAGAGUUGGUUUAUUGAAGUAAGCAGAUAAUUAUCUAGACUUAAAGUGAUAGCUUACAUGUUUUAGAAUCUUUUUUACUUAUUUUUGCUUUGUUGCUGCUAAAAUGCUAAUGGGCUGUUGAAAUGACCUCCAUUUACCGAAGGUAAUCCUAUAAGGUCUUUUUUAAACACAAAUUUUACUCAAGUUUAAAUUGUGAAAAACUGCUUAGAAACCUGAAAUUUUAUAGUGUAUAAUAUCUUAUGUGUAUAUAGCAUCCUGAACUAUGUGAUACAGUAGAUUUCUUCGUAGCUUAAAGAAACAUAUGGGAAGUAGAUUUAAUAAAUAAUAAAAAUCAGCUUAUGUUUCUACUUAUCUGCUUUCCUUUUUAGCAGUUUCCUCCCAUGUGAACAUGAACCAUAUAAAGCAUCUGUGACCUAAUGAUUUAAUGUAAGUUUGUCCUAAACGUCCUUCUUUGGUAGCUUACACCAUGUGGAUGCUCUGUCUAUAGACAUUGCUUGAUAAAAAGAGAAUAAACCUCUUACAUUUUAAUCUUUGAGAGUUCAGUCAAUGUUUUAAUGUGCAUACAAAUGUUUUCUUUUUCUUUUCUCCUGUUGCUUCAAACAUAGUCUGGUGUUCUGUAUUAUUUUUAAAAUGAUAGGAUGAGGUAGAGAGUAAGUGAAGUGAGAUCAAUUAAGAAAAGACCAUUAAUUCCAUGCCA